AUGGCUUUCAACUUCACUGACAAGGUUGUUAUCGUCACCGGCGGUCUUUCCGGUAUUGGUCUUGCUGCUACCAUCAAGUUGCUUGACGCUGGCGCUAAAGUUAUCAUCGGUGAUAUUCAAGACGCUGAGGCUGCCAAGCCAAUCGUAGAAGGUAUCAUCGCUAAGACUGGCAAGAAGGAUGUUGUCCACUUCCAAAUCGAUGUCACCAACUAUGACCAAAACCAGGCCAUGAUUGACUUUGCUGUCAAGACCUUUGGUGACUUGCAUCAUGUUUUCGCCAACGCUGGUAUCAAUAAGCACUCCUACGCUCACGAAAUGUCCUUCGACUUGUGGAAGAAAGUUCUUGAUGUCAACUUGAAUUCUGUCUUCGCUUUGGACAAGCUCGCUAUCAAGUACUGGUUGGAGAACGACAAGAAGGGUUCUAUUGUAAACACCUCCUCUAUGCUCUCUAACAUUGCCAACUUGGGUAUGGCCCACUACUGUGCAUCUAAGGCUGGUGUAAAGCUUUUGACCAAAUCUUUGGCAGUUGAAUACGGUAGAAAGGGUAUCAGAGUCAACGCUGUCGACCCAGCCUACAUCAAGACUCCAUUAUUGGACAUCUUACCACAAGACCAAUAUGACGCUUUGGUCUCCUUGCAUCCAAUUGGUAGAUUAGGUGAGCCAGAAGAAGUUGCUUCUGCUGUCCUAUUCUUGUUGUCUGACGAAGCAUCGUAUGUUAACGGUGCCUCCUUGUUAGUUGACGGUGCUUACACUGCACAAUAA